AUGCCCUCGAUCAGCGACGCCCUCCGCCUGCGCGCCCUCUUCGGCGAUUCAGGCGACUAUAAAAAGUCCGGGGUGACGAUCCCCUCGAUCGGAACCCCACUCCAGUCUCUUCCGGGCGCAUCAGAGUACCACGUCACCGUCGGCUACGGCACCCCGGUGCAGAGACUCGCCGUGGGAUUCGACACGGCCACCGUGGGAGCCACGCUCCUCCGGUGCGAGCCAUGCGCCGGGAGCCGGUGCGGCAAGAAGCACCUCUUCGACCCGUCCCGGUCGUCUUCCCUCGCCCAGAUCCCGUGCGGCUCGAGAAACUGCCCGCUGAGCGACUGCUCCGGACCCAGCUGCACGGCAACCCUGAAAAAGAAGGGCGCCGUCGUGCUCAACGCCACCUUCGUCACCGACACGCUCACGGUCUCACGGUCGGUCGCCGUGGACGACUUCAGGUUCGUCUGCUUGGAGACGCGCGGCGCCAGCACGGAGGGCCGCUCGUCGGGAGUCCUCGACCUCAGCCGGGACCCCCACUCGCUGGCGUCGCGGGUCGUUCUCUCGCCGGACACGGUCGCCUUCUCCUACUGCCUGCCCUCGGCCUUCCCCUACUCGGCGGGCUUCCUCUCCUUCGGCGCCACGCGCCCGAACAUAGUGAGCUACGCCACCCUAAAGAGCAAAGCCUCCCACCCGAACCUGUACUUCCUCCGGCUCGUCGGCGUGAGCGUCGGCGCGGUGGACAUCCCGGUUCCGCCUCAGGCACUCGCCGGCGACGCGCUGAUGGAGCUGCACACGACGUUCACCUACCUGCAGCCGAAGGUCUACGCGGCCCUCCGCGAUCAGUUCAGGGGGUGGAUGGGGCAGUACCCUGUGGCGCCGCCGUACGGCGAGCUCGACACGUGCUACAACUUCACCGGCCAGAGCAGCGUCGGGGUGCCGGCGGUCGAGCUCACCUUCGAGGGCGGUGCGGGCCUGGAGCCCGGCGUCCAGCAGACGAUGUACUUCAAGGACCGCGGUAACAUCUUCUCAGUGGGGUGCCUCGCGUUCGCGCCGGUGCCUCCGCACGCACGGGGCAUCACGGUUAUCGGCUCCUUGGCUCAGGCGACGACGGAAGUGGUUUACGACCUGCGUGGAGGCAAGGUCGGGUUCGUCACCAAGAGUUGCUUAUAA